AUGAAAUACGACGGAAUCAUUGCCAUAUUAUUCAUCAGUGGUUUUAUUAGUCCAAUAACGGGCGGAAUAAAGUCAGUUAAUUAUGACAUCGAUUCCCUCAUGGCACCAUGUGUUUUGAGACUUUGUGAAAAAUAUUUUAAAUCAGAACGCACUCUCACUGGAUCAUUAGUUAUAAUUAAUUUAGUAUCCAAUCCGAGUGUGGUUCAAGCUCGAAUAUUACAAAGCUUCAAUGAAGACAAAGGCCAUAAUAUUGCUGUAAUGGUUAAAGACUCAAAGAAACCACAUCGCUCAUCACGUGUUCAAGAAAAAGCACAAAAUUAUUUUAUGUUACUUCAACAUUUCGAUGAAUUUGAGGCGACUCUAAAUCAACUAAAGGCAUUGCCAACAUGGAAUCCGCUUGCACAAUUUGUUGUUCAAUUUACGAUUUCAUUUGAAGAUGAAAAGUUGCAAGCGGAAUGGAUUGAGAGACUUUUUACUGAACUUUUAUCAAACGAUGCUUUAAAGGUCAAUGCUAUGUAUCAAUUUAAGAACGAUACAGAAAGGAUUGGAGUUAUUACAUGGUUUCCUUACCAUAACUUAAGCUGUCCAGCAACAGUAGAGAUUAUUCGGAAAAUCGAAGAAUGUUAUGUUGUAAGUUUGAUCAACGAGACAACAGGUCAACAGGAGAAAGAUUACAAAAUAGAAUCAUUUAAUCAAGACUUAUAUCCAUUGAUACCAAAGAAGCUUCAUCGUUGCAAAAUGCAAGUCUCUGCUGUCGUGUGGGAACCAUUUGUUGUUGCAACUGAAGAAGACCAUGGUUAUGACGAUGAUGUUGUAAUUGAGAAAGGAUUGGAAGUUCUCAUGUUGAAAACCAUCACUGAUGGGAUGGAUUUGAAUCUCACAUUUCAGGCAAUUAAUAAGGAUAGAGCUACUCGGACGAUUACUGAGAAUAACAAGACUGGAUUGUACUCGAGUAUUUUGAGAAGGCGAGCUGAUUUAAUGAUUGGAGGACUUUUUGAGAAUCAAAUUUCCAGAAAUCUCUUAUCGUCAUCAAUUCCAUAUUAUCAAGAUGACAUUACAUGGUGUGUAUCAAAGGCUGGUCUGCAACCAAAAUGGUUAAACGUUUUCAUCAUUUUUAAUUAUAAAACGUGGAUAGCAUUAAUCUUAACUUUAUUCAUAACAUCAGCAGUACUCUUUAUUUUUGUUCGCAUUGAAGGAAAUUACCGAGAAAAUUACGCGUGGGCAUUUCUCAUCAUGUUUUCCGUCUCAACAGGUCAAUAUGCUCAUUACCAGCCAAUCAGAUUUGGACUGAAAAUUUUCUUUGUCGGUUUCUUCUUUUUCGGUCUUCAUAUUUCUACUGCAUAUCACAGUUAUCUCAUAAAUGUCCUGACUAAUCCGCGUUAUUUGACUCAAAUUGAUUCGCUUACGGAUGCGAUGAAAACAAACAUGACAUUUAAGGCAGCGGAAAAUGCGAAAGAAUUCUUUCAGAAAAAUGAUUCGACUUCGCAGUAUUUAUUAAAAAAUUACGUCAUCUGUAAAAAACUUGAUGAUUGCUUCAUGGACAUCGUUAAAGAUAAAUCGAAAGCAGUUGCAAUUUCACGCUCGCAUGCUUUAAAUAAUCCACUACAAUUGAAAGAUUCAAUUGACUUUUCAUGCUUUCCGGUCCAAGAGAAUGUCGUCAUUUAUUCCGUUGUUAUGCUGUUCAGAAAAUUUCAUCAUUUAUUGCCAAUGAUUAAUGAGAAAAUUCGAACAAUUGCUGAAUCGGGUUUGCUGUCCAAAUGGGAAAUGGAUAGCGUGAAAACAUCAAACGAACAAGACACAUCGUCAGGUGGUGGUCACGGAUCAAUACAAAUUAAAUUGGCGCUGGAGCAUGUUGAGGGCGCAUUUAUAUUGGAGAUGAUUGGACUAUUACUUUCACUAGCUGUAUUUGUCUGUGAGUAUUAUGUUCAUUGGUUUGUUAAGAGUAACAAGCUCGUGGAAGUAAAGAAAAUAAUAGAAGAGAAGCUUUGUAAUACGAAAUGGAAGUUUUAUAAAAAUAAAUAA